AUGAACGAAUACCACCCCCCGUCGGCGAACGAAGCCUUCUCUCCUUCACAGGAGCGCGACCGGUCCGGCAGCAUGUCCUUGGGCAAUAUCCCAUUGAGUCCUCAGGGACCCCCAUCAGAUCACGGCGGUGCUGCAGUUGACGACGCCAUGAACAAAGACCAGAAAUCCGACGCCGACACCACAUCGCCUACGCAAACAUCAGGUCCAUCCGGUGUGAAUUCCGAACAGAUUAAGCAAGUUUCGGACGUUUUAUCUUCCGAGAUUGGCAUUGUUACGCUGCUGAACCGCCUCAAACAGAGCAUAGCUUCAGCAAAGGAAUUUGCAUUGUUCCUCAAGAAACGAUCGAGUCUAGAAGAAGACCAUGCCAAUGGCAUCAGGAAACUCACCCGUACCACCCAGGAGGUCAUGCGCCGACCCGAUCAUCGGCAAGGCACAUUCGGCAACGCAUACGAGGCUAUGGCAAGCACCCACGAGCGUAUGGCUGAGAAUGGCAUCGAGUUUUCCAAAGAACUACACCAGAUGCAUGAUGAGCUUAUGGAGCUCGCUGGUGUUGCCGAGCGCAGCCGGAAGUCAUGGAAGCAAAACGGUUUGUCCGCUGAGAACAAAGUAGCAGAGAUGGAGCAGACUAUGCGUAAGAGCAAGGCCAAGUACGACUCUCUUGCUGAGGAUUAUGAGCGGGUCAAGACCGGCGAGUCGCGCCAGAGCGGCAAAAUGUUUGGCCUCAAGGGACACAAGUCAGCGCAACAGCAUGAGGGUGAGCUGCUGAAGAAGGUUCAAGCAGCUGAUUCUACCUACCACGGGCACGUCCAGGCAUUGCAGGCUGAGAAGGCCCAACUUGUUUCGACGACACGCCCAGAAGCUAUUCGAGCUCUUCAAGACUCGAUUAAGGAGAUUGAUGCAGGCAUCUCAUUGCAGAUGCAGAAGUUUGCCUCCUUCAACGAGCGUCUACUAUUAAGCAACGGUCUGAGUGUCAGCCCCAUUCAGGGUCCUGGGGCCCAAGGCAGCUCUGCUCAACGCAGUCUGCGACAGGCUGCUUCUUCGAUUGAUAAUGACAAAGACUUGAAUGACUAUGUCACGGCACAGCACAGAAGUGUGCCUCCCAACACUGGUGAAAUCAAAUAUGAGCGCAAUCCAGCACUUAACCCUCCGGGCUCCAGCAGCCAGCAUAAUCCAGGAGGCCCUGUCCAACAACCCGCAGCUGUUGUGCAGUCACCAGUAUCACAGACGCAGCCCCAAGGUGGUUUCUCCGGACCACAGCCUUUAGCUCCAGGAUCAAGGACCAGUACCCUUGGUCUUGGCCCUAUUACUGGCGUUACUGGCGGUGACCCUUCAUUUCCCCCAACUGAUGACCCUCGACCUUUUUCACAGCCUCAUAAUAGGAGCUUUAGUCAAGGUAACAUGCCAGUGCAACAGGGCACUCCUAACCAGCAAUUUUCAGGUCGGGGCCCCAAUCAACAACAGGCACCUAAUCAAAGAUAUGGUAAUGGGGGGUCAAUCAGUUCAUCUGGGCCACCGCAACUUGGUGCCCUGCCCUUCCAGCCUGGCGGUUCCCCUCCUCAACAGCCAGUUCCUGGCCAAACUCCUCAUGAACGUUCAGGAAGUGGGGUAAACUCUGGACAAGGACCUCCAGGUGCUACACGGUCACCACCUCCCUAUGGAGCUUCUAGUCACCCUCCUCCUGGGCCUGGGCCUUCCGGGCCUGCCAGGCCAAUGUUCGGCUUGCCACUGAGUCGUCUUUAUGAACGUGACGGCUUGGCAGUACCAAUGGUUGUUUACCAGUGUAUCCAGGCGGUGGAUAUGUACGGCCUUAAUGUGGAAGGCAUAUACCGCCAGUCUGGGUCCAUGGCUCACAUACAAAGACUAAAGAAUAUGUUCGACACAGAGUCAUCCAACCCUGCGCUCGAUUUUAGGAAUCCCGAGAACUUUUAUCAUGACGUCAAUAGUGUUACUGGCCUGUUGAAGCAGUUUUUCCGUGAUCUCCCCGACCCACUACUCACCCUCGAGUAUCAUGAUAGCUUCAUCACGGCUGCCAAACAAGAAGACGAUACGGUGCGUCGCGAUUCGAUUCACGCGAUCAUCAACAGUCUUCCUGAUCCCAACUACGCUACACUGCGUGCUCUCACUCUUCACCUCUGGAGAGUCAUGGACAACAGCCACAACAACCGCAUGAAUUGCCACAACCUAGCCGUCAUUUUUGGCCCGACACUCAUGGGCACUGACCCCAGCACCGCCAUUGCCGAUGCGGGCUGGCAGAUUAAGGCCAUCGACACCAUCCUGCAGAACACGCUCCAGAUUUUUGACGAGGAUUAA